GUACUAUGCAAUUAGGUAUGUUAUUUCAGAACAAGCAGGAAAUGAAAGGCGCAGUGAGACUAUAUUGUCUCAAAGAAAAGAAAGAGUUCAUUUGUGAUCAAUCCAAAGGUAAAUUUUGGAGGGUUAUUUGCAAGCGUCAUAUGUUGGGGUGUGAGUGGAUGAUCCGUUUUAGAGAAAUUUCAAGUGGUAUGUGGAAGGCAGGCAAAGCGGAUCUCCACCACAGUUGUUUGACGGAUGAUUACAGAAAGGAUCAUUCCAAUUUGAACAGUCACCUAAUUGCUACUACGUUGAUACCAUAUAUUAUGGUCGAUCCAUACAUCAGUAUUAAGUCUGUUCAGCAAAAAAUAAAAGGAUUGCAUUUUUUUACUCCUAGUUAUAGAAAAGCACAAAAGGGGCGUAAGAAAGCUAUUGAAAUGGUAUUUGGUGAUUUUGAAACCUCUUUCAACACAUUGCCCCGAUACAUGGCUGCCUUAAAAUAUUUCAAUCCGGGGACCGUUGUUGAGUGGGAGCACCAAUCAACUACAAUGCAAGGUGAACACAUCUUCAAGUUUCUGUUCUGGGCUUAUAAACCAAGCAUCGAUGGAUUCAAAAGUUGCAGGCCUGUCAUCUCAAUAGACGGUACUCAUCUGUACGGUAAGUAUGAGAUGAAACUGCUAAUUGCUGUUGGAAUUGAUGCAAACAAUAACAUUUUUCCACUUGCAUAUGCUAUUGUUGCACGUGAGAGCUUUGAGUCCUGGACGUGGUUCCUUGUGUUGUUGUGGAGACAUAUUGUUCGUGAGAGACAAGGAAUUGGACUUAUUUCUGACCGUCAUCAAGGAAUCUUGCAAUGUGUCCAAACACAUGAUUGGUUACAACCACCAUCCACACACCAUAGGUUUUGCGUUCGGCAUUUGAAAAGCAACUUCAAUAAAAAGUUCCUCAAUACUGACCUUGAGAAGCUAAUGUGGUUGGCGGCUACAGAGCACCAGAAGAAGAAGUAUAAAAUGAGGAUGAAACAAAUCAAAACAAUGUCAUCUCUAGCGUAUUUGUGGUUAAAAGCUCUUCCGGAGGAAAAAUGGACAUUGCAUAAGGACAACGGUCAUAGGUGGGGGGCUAUGACAACGAAUGUCUCCGAAUCUUAUAACGGUUUAUUGAAGAAAGCUCGUGGAUUGUCAGUUACUGCCAUGGUCCGUUAUACGUUUAAAAAUCUUGUUGAUCGGUUUGUUGAGAGAAGCACCCUUGCUGAUUUGUUGAUUGCGGAUAAAAAAUUUUGGCCGCGCGCUGUUGAAAAGAAGUUUGAUGAAUACUGGGAGAGGUCCCUAAAGCAUACUGACAUGCAGCAAUACAAUGCAACUGAAGGGGUCUUUGAGAUUCUAACAUUUGCACACGAAGGUAAGGGCGGAAAUAUACAUAAAGUCUCUGCCGAAGGGAAAAAAUGUUCGUGUGGAAAGUGGAGAAACUAUCAUAUGCCAUGUUCACAUGCAAUUAAAUUUUGUGAUAUUCGCGGAAUUCAACCAAAGACCUAUGUUAGCAAGUACUACAGUUGCAUGUUUUAUAAGCAAACGUACAGUGAAAAUUUUUCACCGUUGGGUGAUGAGGCAUAUUGGCCACCUUCUCCCUUCAGUUUAAUUGCAAACACUGAAUACGAGCGAACUUCAGGAGCGCGGAGUACAACUAGAAGGAGGAAUGAAAUGGAUAUAGCUCCUGCUCGCAUGGCUAGAAAAUGUAGUACGUGCAAGCAAACAGGUCAUAACAAGAAUCGCUGUCCCGAUAGAAAUCAGUAGUUGUUGUUGCUUGUUGGUUUUUAUGUUUUUUCUUAACUUGCACAAUUGUUGUUUCUUUAUGUACUCUUUCAAGAAUAUAUAACAUGUCUUGUGCAGUUUAAUA